CCCAAAAGGCCAAAACCCAAAAUGCGGCGCGCCAUAGACGCCCACCUCAAGACCAUGCGUCUCCUCCCUCCCCUCUCUCCCCUCUCUUCUUCUCCUUCUCUCUUCUCCGUCUGUACAUUUCUAACCCUAAAGCACCCUCCCGCGGUUUCCAAUUCCAUCUCCAAAACCCUAAUCCUCCACUCAAUUCCCACUUCUCCUCACUCAUCGAUUCCCAGCCUCCGUAGCCGCGAAUUUAGGCCGAGCAGUGUUAUCGGGCCUUUUGCAAUACGGUGCGUUUCGACUGCCUCCUCGCCGGAGGGCGCGUUGGAGUGGAACGAGCCGGUGCUGUGCUCGGAGGUCGGCGAAGGCACUAAAGCAAGUGUUGAUAAAGAUGAUAAGCCCAAUAUUCCAGUCCGAGCUUACUUCAUCUCCACUAGUGUGGAUUUGAGAAGCUUGGUGGAGCAGAACAGGGUGAACUUCAUCCCACCGACGUCGAGAAUGACCAAUUAUGUUGUGUUUAGAUUCGGGGAGCUUGUCAAGACUGACAGUGCUUUUGGUCCUAGUUUAAGUGGGAGUGACUGUUGCUACAUGGUAGUUUUUCAAUAUGGAUCCAUUAUAUUGUUUAAUGUCCCUGAACCUGAGAUUGAUGGGUACUUGAAAAUUGUGGAGAAACAUGCAUCUGGAUUGCUACAUGAGAUGAAAAAGGAUGAGUAUGAGGUGAGGGAGAAGCCGGAUUUAGACACAUGGAUGGAAGGCGGAUUGGAUUACAUAAUGUUGCAGCACUUGAACACUGAUGGAAUUCGUACCAUUGGUAGUGUUCUAGGUCAAAGUAUUGCUCUGGAUUACUAUGUCCGCCAGGUUGAUGGAAUGGUUGCAGAGUUUACUGACAUUAAUCGUGAAAUGGAAAGUACUGGAAAAUUUAAGAUGAAGAGGAAGAAACUAUUUCAGCUAGUGGGGAAAGCAAAUUCUAAUCUUGCUGAUGUGAUUCUUAAGCUUGGACUAUUUGAGAGAUCAGACAUUGCCUGGAAGGAUGCCAAAUAUGCUCAGAUAUGGGAAUACCUUAGAGAUGAAUUUGAAUUAACUCAGAGAUUUGCAAGUCUUGAUUUCAAGUUGAAGUUUGUGGAGCACAAUAUUCGCUUUCUUCAGGAAAUUCUUCAAAACAGGAAAUCAGAUUUUUUGGAGUGGCUCAUCAUUGCACUAAUAGGUGCUGAAAUUAUGCUAUCUCUUUAUGACAUUCUUCACCGAUCAGCACUUGCCUCACUUUAGCACUAACGUUGUGUGAGUGAUGCAUGAUGUCAAUUAGUCAAACAUGUCCUUGUUAUAUUGUCCUAGUCUCUGUAUAUCUUAAUGCAUACCUCAAUUUUGCUGCGGUCUAGAUUUGAUUUUACCAGUUCAAAUGUGUAAAUUUGAGUUGGUCUUAUGAUUAAGAUGAUCGCUGAUCCUUAUGAUAGCAUUAUACUCGUGUCAAUAUGUAAUUAUUUUCCUCUUAAUGUUUUACAUAGCACU